CCUGCCCCUGGUAACCACUGAGACGGAUAUCUGGGUUUUUGUUUCUGCAGCCGUAGUUCGAGGACUACGGGCUUUCAGGCUCCUCCGUCUGCAGCUCAGCUUCGACUCUGGUGGCGGCUCCACGACGGCUUGUUCUCGAGAGUCUGUUCUCCCCAGCGCAAAACCACCAGCCGAACGUUCCUUUCAAGAGCCCGCGCCCUCGUCCUGCACGGCACAGGCGAAGCAAAGCAGCCGGCGCCUUCACGCGGUCUGAGCUGGCUUCUCUGGUCCCUUGGUCCCCUAUUUUGGGCAUCGGCUGCAUGUCUUCCCACUCCGCAUCCCUCGCGCCAUCUUCUGGGCUGAGUUGAACAAACAAACAUUGUCCGAUUCGCAGCAGCCACGGCGUGGGCUUGGCCGUUCAAACUUCUAGAAGAGCACGUACCAACACACCCACACCCACACACAUACACAAACCACAAACCACAACAACCUCGUCUCUCCCUAACACCCUCCCUCGCCCACCUCAACCAGGGGGGCUUUUCAAUUCAAACUCGCUGGGGAUAAGGAGUCAGAACCUAAUAGAGAGAAAAGAGCGAGUAGUGGCCCGGCCGAAGCAACCUGGGCCGAGCUGCUAGUCCACAGAACCCUGCUCUCGCUCCUUAUGGUACACAACCCUGACCUUACUACGGAGUACGUAUAUCACGGACGGACCUUGUACCUGGGAAAAGACCAUCUCCCUCGCGCAGUAUCCUCACAAUCCUACCUAGGUUCUCACUCACUUGCCCACAGGACCCAACGGUAGUGCAAACCAGGGCUUGCAUCUGCAAGUCGACCCACGCUAGGUACCGUUCCUACAUUGCAUGCACGCCUCCUCCUCUUCCCCUUCAACGUCCGUCCCUCACUUCCUCCCCCCGUCACCCCGUCCACGUCUCACACUCUCUCGACCGACUGCGACAACGACUGGUGCGAACUGCGUAUAUACUUGACCCAUUCCUCGUUUCCUGCCCUCCUUGCCCUACACAGUUUACCGUGCUGGCGGGCGCUCCCGACAAGACGAACCCAACAACUCGUCUUCCUUUGUCGACCUGAGACCUAGAGACGGAGCCCAUCUUUCCCAAUCGAGGCCUUGGAUUCCCAACGGCGCCGGUCAAAUCGACACCAACGACGAAACAAAAGCUACUUGCUUCACCUGCGUCUCAUUACCUAAGAGUGGCCCAGAUCCCAAUCGGCUGGAUACCUUGCUUCGACCGAGACAAGACACGACGCCAUCGGAAGAAAGACAGAAAAAGAAAAAAAGAGGACGAAGAACGAGCAAGGCAAAAAGUUUAAAAAAAAAAAAAGAGGAAAAAGGAGAGACACGCCAUUCCUCCUGUCAUCCCCAAACCAUACUGGGACCUGACGAAACCUUGAACUUGCGACGACAGGCGAACCCGCCGCAAACCACAGCUGCACCACCACACCAACGCAUCAACUCAAUUGCUGCUAAACUCCCGUCACUUGAACUCUUUUUUUCUCCUUCCUUCCUCCUUCGGCUGUACUCUCGAUUGCGGGAUUCCCGCCUCGCGUCACGACCACCACGGCCAUCACCACUUUCGACGACACCCUGCAAUCAUGCAUGUUCAGUCUGCUUUGCAUCCAACCCAGCAUUGUUGAUACGACCAUUUGAAACACCCUGCCUGGCUUCCCAGGUCCUUGUGUGACAACCCACCGCCACAGCCACCUAGCUGGGACCGACCUCUCUUGCUACAGACCCUGUUAGCAUUACCGGUCGCACGGGUGGACCCUAGAUCCUCAUCGCCUAUACCGUCUUUGUUCUGUUCUGAUAUCGCCCUUCCCAUUUCCGAGAUAUACUUCCCGCCCAGCCCUCUUUCUCUCACUCACGACCCCUAGAGGCGCUCCACGAUUCGCGCACUCCGAAUCGAACGAGCCGCCGACCACACCCGCCUUUUCCACGGCAUAACAGCCAAACAUUGCCUGACCGUGCAGCGCUCGACUUCGGCAAUCUUCUAAUGUUUAGUCGGUCCCGGAAGGGCUCGAAAGGGUUCGGCUUUGGAUCUUCGAGCUCCAAAGACUCCCAGGUCAACCACCUUGUCGAUCUUGGUCUUGUGAACCCCAAGGCCGUUCAAGAACCCUACCGCCCCGGUACUGCGGCCACUGCGAGGACGAACAACACUUGGACGGAUGCGCCGUCUUUCCCCGAAAAGAACGUCUCAAUAGCCCGCGGUACUGGUGGUCAGCGCUCCAGCUCGUCAGUACGAUCCGGGGGCAGCACCCAUCGCAGAGGCGACAGCUACUCGUCCAACAACAUGGCGUCCGGCGCCGGCCGCAACCGGAGGGAGCGCACCUUUGUGGGAAGCGAAUGCGCCGUCUGCGAGGAGCCACUGGAACACACGUUGCAGGGCGAGCGCAUACUGCAAUUCUCCUGCUCCCACGUCUCGCACGAGGCCUGCUUCUACGAGUUCAUCCGCGAGUUCGAAGCGCAGUACUGCCCAUCGUGCGAUGCGCCGCUGCAUCUCGACACUAGCCGAGGCGGCAAUGUCUUGGAUAUCGAGAAGAUCAGCAGCCUCGUCAAGUCUAGCCAUUCCACCGACAACAGAUCGCACCACACGCCCACGCCCACUGCUACGCCAUGGGAAAACCCGACGCCGCGGCCGACGAGCAUCGAGUCGAACCAGAGGAACAUGCCCAGCACACACACGCGCGACAGCACGGCCCGGAGCACCGGGCGCGACAGGGACAGCAGUCAGCCGCCGACGUCGGAGCGGUACGGUCCGUCGAGGCAUGCUCGCAGCGACAGCGAGGCCACCGGCGUCGCGUCGUCUGGCGGAUACCCCGAGACGACGCAGAGCGGCCCGCCGCGCAGACAUGACUACGACGUGCAGGCGAUGGAAACCACGCCGGGGAGCCCGCGUGGCAUUACGAGAAACCCGAUCCCAGCGCCGACCGUGACGGUUCGGUCCGAGUUCCCCACCAUCAACAGGUCUCGCCAGCAGCAGACCCUGACCUGCCUCAUCACCGUGGAAGUGCCCGACAACAAGUGGCGGCCCGACCCCGAAGACCUCGGGUCGGCUCCGCCCGGCCCGCCCUCUGUCAACGCCAGAAUCGACGAUGCGUUUGCGAGACCGCCAUCGCCGGCCCGGAGCGCGCCGCGGUUCUACCCCUACGAGUCGCGCGAGGUGCUGGAGGAAAUGACGGAGAACCUCAGGAACAGGGUCGACAACUGGCAUGGGCUCGACUUUAGCAGAUUCGGCAAGCUGCGGCUGUAUGGCACGCUACGCGUCGGCAAGGACAAGCAAUCUUGGCAGGAGCUGGAGUGCUUUCUGUUCGCCGAAAUGCUCAUCUGCGUGAAGGAGAAAAGAGUGCCGCUCGCUGGCCAGUGGGACGAGAACGGCAUGCCCAAGAAGGUCACCCGCUGCACGCUGAAGGGAUCGAUUCUCAUCAAGAAGCACCUCAACGAGGUCUCGGAAACGGGCAACAUCGAUGAGAACGUCCUCACGCUGAACCUCUCCGUCGCGGAGCUGCCGCAGUUCCACCUGCGGUUCGAGAACCGGAACCAACUCAAGCUUUGGCACCAAGCCCUGCUCGACUUGAACGCCGUCGAGACGUCCCCCAUGCGCAGCCCGGAAUACGACCGGGGCGAGUUCUCGGAGACGGACGAGGACGACUGGCAACGGGGGUCGCGACAACAGCGAGUGUCGUCGGUUGCUUCGUCGUGGGGUGGCCCCAGGUCCGUCACCACGGCGCCCACCGAGUACACCAACUUCCAGAGGAGCCCGACCAUGCCGGCCUCGAUCCACGUGCCGAUCGACGUCGUCGUCGUCGUGCCCAUCUCCUCCUCGAUGCAAGGCGUCAAGAUCAACCUCGUCCGCGACGCGCUCAAGUUCAUGGUCAACACCCUGGGCGAGAGGGACAGGAUGGGGCUCGUCACUUUCGGGUCCGGCGGCGGCGGCGUGCCCAUUGUCGGCAUGACCACCAAGGCCUGGCCCGGCUGGGGCAACGUGCUGUCCUCGAUCAAGCCGGUCGGCCAGAAGAGCCACCGCGCCGACGUGGUCGAGGGCGCCAACGUCGCCAUGGACUUGCUCAUGCAGCGCAAGUACAACAACCCGAUCGCCACCAUCAUGCUCAUCAGCGACGCCUCGACCUCGGAUGCCGACAGCGUCGACUUUGUCGUGUCCCGGGCCGAGGCGGCCAAGAUCACCAUCCACUCGUUCGGUCUCGGCAUGACGCACAAGCCGGACACGAUGAUUGAGCUGUCGACCCGCACCAAGGCAUCCUACACCUACGUCAAGGACUGGAUGAUGCUGCGCGAGUGCCUCGCCGGCUGCCUCGGCUCCAUGCAGACGCUCUCCCACCAAAACGUCAAGCUCAAGCUGAAGCUGCCGGAAGGAUCGCCGGCCAAGUUUCACAAGAUCAGCGGCGCCCUGCAGAUCACCAAGCGGGCGACCGGCCGCGACGCCGAGGCUUCGCUGGGCGACCUCCGGUUCGGCGACAAGCGCGAUGUCUUGGUGCAGCUCGUCAUCGUGCCGGACAACACGUCGCAGGAACAGCUGCCGCAAGACCCCUGGGACAACAUCGUGUCGGGCCUGGAGGCGCUCGGCGGAGCCGGCGACGGCGACGACCAGCGGGUCACGUCCGUGGAGGAAGUUCCCCUGAUCCAGGCGGACCUCACGUGGGGGGACAUCCUGCGGGACGGCACGCUUUCCCAUCUGCCCCGCCCGUCCCUGCUUGCCAUCACCAUGCUUCCAAACUUGGCGAAACAGAAGAACUCGUGGGCCAACUCGCCCCCGAUCCCGCCUCACCCGAACAUCGUCCAGCGGCGCAUGGAGCUGCUGACGUCGGACAUGCUCACCCGCGCCCUGACCCUCGUCUCGCGCGGGCAGCACGACCGAGCCCACACCCUGCUCAACGAGACCCGAUCUAUCCUGAAGGGGCUCGGAAAGGGCGGCCUCCCCCCUAUUCCCCCACCAACGGCGCCGCCAAACAGAUCUCUUCCGUCUACCCCGCACCCGGGCAACGACGGCUCGCCGUCCAUCACCCCCGACCGGAAGCAGACGCCAUCCCCCACUCAGUCGGCCAACUCGUCCGCCGUCAACGGGUACCCGGCCGCCGGGAUUGGGCGCAGCCGGUCCAACGACGGCCUCGGCCUGGGCGCCGGCAUUGACGCCAACACCGUCGCUGCCCUCGACGCCGAGCUUGAGAGCAGCCUCGAGUGGAUUGGCCACCCCGCCGUUUUUGGCCGCGACAGCCGCAAGGCGGUUCUUCAAGCCAUCGGAGUCAUCAGCUCCCAGCGCGCCUUCACCUUCCGCACGCCCAUCGAGUCUCUUUGGGCUGGGCGUGUCGUGGGGGUGAAGAAGCUCACCAGCAAGAGCCGCGAAUGGCGCGAAGAUGGCGGCGGCGAGGGCGGCAUCAUGGAGGAGGCCUGAUCGAGCACGCCCCCACCACCACGCCAUGCGCACCCAUACAUAUGCAUCACGGCUGGCUUCAUUUUCAACACUCGGAACGUCUGGGCGACCAAGCGGCGGCGCAUUGAUUCCUUGGGGAAAAUCGCGUUCUUCUUACUGUUGCUACUCGGCACGGCUCGGCUUUGCCAACCAUCAUACCCCUGAUCUACAGCUGAUAUUUUCAGUAAUUUUUUUUCCAUCUGUCGUUUUUGUCAUUACCGAUAUAGCUGCGCUCUCGCUCACGUCUUUACCGCGCCGCAGCAUGCUUUGCCGGGAAGAUACCACAUCUGUUUUGCUUUCUGAUUCCUUUCUUACCCACAUGCUCGACUGCAAGCUCAGGUCUUACGAGACGUUUGCUGUAUCGUUGCAUGUCAUGAAGUUGUCUUGGGGGUGCGAUGCUACAGAAGACCCUUGUCAUAUUUUGUGUAAUUUCGCUUCUUAUUAUCAUGUCAAUGAUGUCCGGAGAAUGGGAAGGGGUCGGAAACCGGGGCCAUUUACUCGAUGACGAAGGCGAGAGGAGGUGGCUGCAAAUAGCCUGCUUCUUGUACAUGUUUUCGAAAUGAAAGACGCCGACGUGCGGACGUGGAGAAGAUUAAGAACAAUACCACUUGCCGUUGACAUGCUA